AAAUGUAAAAAAAAAAAAAGCGUCCGAGUGGCGCGCGAGUCGCCGCGCGUCUCCUGUGUGUCCAAAUGGUCGCCUAGCGUGUCGGCCCCGUGUCUUCGUCUCUUACAGAUCCUUCACUCCGCUCGCCUUUCUCUUCUCGACAAUAGGUCUCUUAUCCGCCCAAAGAGGGAGCAUGCCUCGGAGAAAGCGGAAUGCCGGAAGCAGUUCUGAUGGGACUGAAGAUUCUGACUUCUCUGCUGACUUGGAGCACACUGACAGUUCAGAAAGUGACGUAAACACCCGGAAAAAGACUCGUCUUACUCGAGCCUCUGUGCGUCUCAGCCAGAGCUCACAAGAUUCCAGUCCAGUUCAGAAUGUCCAGUCCAUUGGUUCAGAUGAUGCCUCCUAUUCCACCAGGCGGGUGACACGUAGCCAGCAGCAGGGGGCGCCAGUCACCCCCAAGAAAUACCCGCUGCGCCAGACACGUUCCUCUGGAUCAGAAACUGAGCAAGCCAUCGACUUCUCUGACCGGGAUUUGAAAAAUGCAGUGGACCAUGAUGAGUCUCCCCCACGCACUCCAACUGGCAACGCUCCUUCCUCAGAGUCUGAUAUUGACAUCUCCAGCCCUAAUGCCUCCCAUGAUGAAAGUCUGGCUAAGGACCUGUCUAUGAAGGAUUCUGAAAGCGAGUUGUCCCAUCGGCCUAAGCGUCGCCGCUUCCAUGAAAGCUACAACUUCAACAUGAAAUGUCCGACGCCAGGCUGCAACUCAUUAGGCCACCUGACUGGGAAGCAUGAAAGGCAUUUCUCCAUAUCUGGUUGCCCACUCUACCAUAAUUUAUCUGCAGAUGAAUGCAAGGUGAGGGCUCAGCAUCGUGACAAGCAGGUUGAGGAGCGGACUCUUUCCCACCGACAAGAUGAAAACAACCGGCAUGCCACCCGGCACCAGGCUCCAACUGAGCGGCAGAUUAGGUAUAAAGAGAAAGUGACAGAGAUGCGAAAGAAAAGGGAUUCCGGAUUAUUGAAAGAACAGAAAGAUAAAUACAUGGAGCACAGGCAGACCUAUGGAAAUACACGAGAGCCUCUCCUAGAGAAUAUCACUAGUGAUUAUGACCUGGAGCUCUUUCGCAAAGCCCAGGCACGUGCUUCCGAAGAUCUUGAGAAACUACGGCUACAGGGUCAGAUUACUGAAGGAAGCAAUAUGAUUAAAACCAUUGUGUUCGGCCGCUAUGAGUUGGACACAUGGUACCAUUCACCGUACCCAGAAGAGUAUGCUCGGCUUGGACGUCUUUACAUGUGUGAAUUCUGCCUCAAAUACAUGAAAAGCCAGACGAUCCUCCGGCGCCACAUGGCAAAAUGUGUUUGGAAACAUCCCCCUGGAGAUGAGAUUUAUCGGAAAGGGGCCAUAUCUGUGUUUGAGGUGGACGGGAAAAAAAACAAGAUAUAUUGCCAAAACCUUUGCCUGUUAGCUAAACUUUUUCUGGAUCACAAGACUCUGUAUUAUGAUGUGGAGCCUUUUCUAUUUUACGUCAUGACUGAAGCAGACAACACAGGCUGCCAUCUCGUCGGUUAUUUUUCCAAGGAAAAGAAUUCUUUUUUGAACUACAAUGUGUCCUGCAUCCUGACUAUGCCUCAGUAUAUGAGGCAGGGGUACGGAAAGAUGCUGAUUGAUUUUAGUUAUUUACUUUCCAAGGUUGAAGAGAAGGUUGGCUCACCAGAAAGGCCGCUCUCUGAUUUGGGUCUGAUAAGCUAUCGGAGCUACUGGAAAGAGGUGCUGCUAAGGUAUCUGCACAACUUCCAGGGCAAAGAAAUCUCCAUCAAAGAGAUUAGCCAGGAGACAGCUGUAAAUCCUGUGGACAUUGUCAGCACGCUGCAGUCACUUCAGAUGUUGAAAUAUUGGAAAGGAAAGCACCUGGUUUUAAAACGACAGGAUUUAAUAGAUGAAUGGCUGGCCAAAGAGGCAAAAAGAGGGAGCACCAAUAAAGCAAUCGAUCCAAGCUCCUUGAAAUGGACCCCACCCAAAGGCACAUAGACCAUCUUCACAAAGUCGUCAGCAAUCAUUUCUCAUGAAAUCUCCUCACUAGCAAAAUGUGUCAAGUCAUUGUGGUGACCAAUGCUGCUGGCCUUAAAUCUGAUUCAGAGGGUGGAGUACUGUGGCAAGUUGGAACGUUUAUUUUUUAUUUUUAAUACAUAUUCUUUGUUUCUUCAUUCAGUUCUAACAUCAAGUGGCCAGUAGUUGUUGCCGUAUGAACUGUCUCCUGCUAGUAUUGCUUCUUGCCUCACAGUAGAGUUUCAUGAACUGGAAAUUUCCAAACACGAGUCUGGGCUUUGAUUCACCCUCCAUAUUGGGAGGCUGGCGUGCAUAUUCAGUUCCUAAGUACUUGUGCUGGUUUUCGACUGCUCCACCUGUGCACAUCUGUGAAUGUCGACAGACUCUGAGCCAAGAGAAUGCUGACAGUUUGAAGGCUGGACUUGACGUCUGUGUUCCAACAGUUAGGUGGUCAAAUACUGUAUGCCCCACAUCCACCCUGUCUGUUGCUCUGGUACAGAAAGAGGGUAUAAAUGACUUUCACAGAGUAUUCGCUGGCUGUAUUCCACUUAACUGUAAUAUUCUUGUUUUCAGUGCAUCUCCCCACUCUUUUAUUGGGUCCCAAACAACACGAUCACCAGUUCAAUUAAUCAAGCUGGACUUUACCUGUUAUCCCACAUGUUGGUUCAGUAUAAGUGGCAGGUUGACCUUGCCUUUUCAUUUAGUAUCUGUAGCAGAAUAUUUUACAGAAAAUGGCCUUUGUGAAGGAAAGUAUAAUGAAAGGUUUGUCUGGCAGUGACUUUCCAAUUCAGUCAAGCACUUUUUCUGUAGUUGUUUUUUUUUUUUUUAACCCCUCCUUGAACUUUUAAAAUAUUUUCCUACAAUAUCAUAAAGCAUUGUCAUAUUGGCGUUCUAACUGGAUAAUGUACAAAAUUUAUAGUUAGUCUAUGAUUAAAAAUGGAUACACUUGUAAACAUGAGGGAUGUCAAAGUUUCAGCUGACUUGUGGCCAUGCAACCUAAUCAGUAGGAAAUACUUAAAUCCUAUUGGUUAACGUUGUCUGAUUAUUACAAAGAACUUUAAAACAUUUUAGUGGGCAAUAUCUUGGUAGUAGACAGCAUUUGCUCUGUGGCACACUUGUCAAGGUUAUCAAGUGCCAAAACCCAAGUGUACAUUACAGGACACACAGGCCUUCACUGGGCUUUUCAAAGUGCAAAUCGCCCCACUCAUCCCAGUGGGUAUGCGUUGUUGAACGUACAUUGCUUUUUUUUUUCCCCCUCCACACAAUUGACAUUGGUGACAAUUACACCAAAAAUAGCCAGCAGCCUGCCUUUGUGCUCUUUUUUCUUUUUUUAUAAACUGAAUUUUGUUUGAGAGUUGAAAUGCUUAUUUUGCCCAGCCUGUUUUCCUGUAAGCUCUUAAAGUUGUGCCUGUCACGUGGCUUAAUCCGUGUCUCAAGUCAUUUCCCUGUUAAUUGAUUGUUCCAGCUUGGCUGAUGUGUUUAAAUGCACCUUAUUUUUUUGUACCUGGUGGGGUGGACAGAUGGCGGCAGGGGGGUUGGGAAUGGGACUGAAGCCUUGUCGCACUCGAUUGAGAAAGUUCAUGGUACCAUUGUAAACUGUUGUCUUUGACUCCUGUACCUGCUUUCUCAUGAAUAAUAAAAAAAAA